AUGAAAGCAGAGUUCCCUGAAACUGACUCCAGAGGGGACCCCGAUAGAUGGGACAUCUGGGGGAACACUCCUCUACAUUAUGCGGCCUCCAAUGGCCAUGCCCACUGUGUCUCCUUCCUGAUCACUUUCGGUGCCAUCUUUGCCCUGGAUAAUAACUUACAGUCUCCACUGGAUGCUACUGCCAGCAGGGAGCAGGGUGAAUAUGUUGCCCUCCUGGAUAAGGCUGCCACCACCCAGAACGUCGUAAAUCCCCAAAAGAUCACCAGGCUGAAGGAGCAGGCUCAGAAGAAUGCCAGGAGGCAAAUCAAAGAAUGUGAAAAGCUCCAGGAAAAACAUCAAAAUAAGAGCCGUGUCUACAGCAAGGAGGAAUCUGAGGCUUUUCCUUCUUUCAAGAGCAAGUCCUCCAGGUCUUCCUUCUCACGUGCUCCUGCUUCCAGUACAUUUGGACCACUCUCUAAGGGUAUUAAAGACACCUUCAGGUUGAAGUUCAAGAAAAGCAAAGAUACAGCAGAGGAGAUGGGGAAGGAAGGCAGAAGUGGGCAGAGGAAUGUGAUGGAAGUGUUCAGACAGGAGGAAGAAGACUCGUUAGCGGGGAACUUCACAAAGAAGUUUACAUUCUCACCAGACGAGGACCAAGAUACGCAACGUGAAUCCGUUCUCAACCGUCCAGGUCUUGGAAAUACUGUUUUUAUGAGAAACCGAGUGUUGAGCUCCGAAGACCUCUCAAACAGCAAGAGCGGGUCAGGAUUUCAAAUGCCCAGGGAAUUGCUCCAAAGACAAGGAACAGCAGAGGCUGAUGAAGCUGAGGCUGAUGUAGAAGGGGAAGAAAACGGCCUUGUAGGUGGUCUACCUUGGGUUGAGGAUGAAAUCGAGUGGGAGGAAGAGGAGGCUGAUGCAGCUCUCCUGGGAGUGUUCUUGCAGUCCCUGCACCUGGGAGAAUUCCUUCCCCUUCUCGUGAGAGAGCAGAUUGAUCUGGAAGCUCUGUUGUUUUGCUCUGAUGAGGACCUUCAGAACAUACACAUGCAGCUGGGUCCCAGGAAGAAAGUCCUCAACGCCAUAAACAGAAGGAAGCAGGCGCUGCCACAGCCUGGGCACCUGGUGGACACCAGCCUCUGA